GACUGCAUUUCUACAAGGUCAUGUGAACAGUAGUUUAGAGGUGAACAUCUAAUUUACAAUAAUUAAACCACUACUUUGUACUCAAUUCUAGAAUUGAAUAUAUUCCAUAUUCCUUUGUUUCUCUCAAGGAAUUAGAAGUCAAAAAAGAUCCCACCGCUACGAAAUUUACAAUUAAUACUGCUGAGGUGAACAAACAUGAAAAAUAUCUAAUUGUAAGUAAUUGUAUUAAAUAUAAAAUUAAAUUUAAUUAGCCUUUUGCCAAAAGAGAUCACAGUGCAUUCUGGGAUCGUUUGGAGGGACAAAAUAAGUGAAAGAUUAGAAGUAUCUAUACUAUCAAAUAUCAACUUUUUAGACGACCAAAAAUGAAAUAUCUCCUUUUUACAUAAAACUUUUAAUUUAAAUGUGUGCUGCCAUAUUUCCCGUCCCUCCAACAUGCAUGAGAUUUGGGCGACUAGACCCAGGAUUUUGGGAAAUGGAUAAUAACAAGCUGCACGUAAGUGAUUUUGUAAGGAAACUAGGAGGUAGUUUUUAUAUUUGUUUCUUUCAUUCUUGCACUUUCUUUAGUUAUGUGAAAUUGCGUGGAAUCAAAUUGACAAUGAAUUACUAAAUAGCAAGAAAUGUGAUGUCAUUUGCUUUCUCUACGAUCAAUCUGAUCCGAACUCCUUUUCUAAAGUUCUGGAACUACACGAGGUACUGUACUGACCUGCAUGAGAUACUGUACUGACCUGCAUGAGGUACUGUACUGACCUACGUGAGAUACUGUACUGACCUGCAUGAGAUACUGUACUGACCUGCAUGAGGUACUGUAAACUGAUUGAAGGCUGACGGAUAUGUUUUCUCCACAUACCAUAACAAUUAUUACAUGAAAUUAUGUCUUUACAGAACGUGUUGUCUGGUGUGCCGUGUUUGUUCGUUGCGACAAAAGCAGAUCGUCCUGUUGUUCAACAGGUAGUCGCACUUGUUCAUAAUUUCUGUUGUACUGCUACCUGUAUACACAAUGUAAUCUUCCCUGUAAUAUACGAUAUACCGUUCGUUCCUACCUUGAACCUCCUGAUGAAAGAUCGCUCGAAAUUUAGAGUAUUUUGCAGUAGUUCAGAAACAGAUCAUGCCACAGUGAACAAACUGUCGUUUUUUAACUUUUCAGAAUUGCGAAGUACAACCAUCAAUGUACUGUACUCUCAAUAAUCUCCCAGAGCCAGUGGUAAAUACAACACUAUUUUCUCUUAUCCAUCGUGUGUUUUUUAUUUGGUUAUGCUAAAUGUCUGUUUGAAACGGUAUGAUCAUAUUUUUAUAGCCUUUUACUGCUCUGACACAAGUUAGUUUGAAGAAAGAUGUUUACGAUACCUUAGCUUGCAUGGCUGUUUAUCCGUAAGUGAUUCACUACAGUUUACCAUAGCCGGGUUAAUUCGUAGCACAGUGAUAAGUGCAUUGUAUGUACUGAGUUCGAUUUCUCCAAUAAGUGGUUUCCUGAUUAUAAUUUCCUCUCAGUUAUUGUGAGAAGAGUGCUUCCAGUUUGACUCCACCAAUGUAGGAAGACCAGUUUAGAACUGUUAGAAGUAUCCUGCAUAAAUAAAGUUAGUUUAGUUUAGUUUAGGUUUCCUCCUGUAGUAACACUACAUCAAUAAGAGAUGAUCCUUACUGGACCUCUAGAGAGAACAGUUUAGAACUGUUGAUGCUAUCCAGCAUAAAUAAAGUUAGUUUAGUUUAGGUUUCCUCCUGUAGUAACACUGCAUCAAUAAGAGAUGAUCCUUACUGGACCUCUAGAGAGAACAGUUUAGAACUGUUAGUGCUAUCCAGCGUAAAUAAAGUUUGUUUAGUUUAGGUUUCCUCCUGUAGUAACACUACAUCAACAAGAGAUGAUCCUCACUGGACCUCUAGAGAGAACAGUUUAGAACUGUUAGAGCUAUCCAGUAUAAUUAAAGUUAGUUUAGUUAGGUUUCCUCCUGUAGUAACACUGGAUCAAUAAGAGAUGAUCUGGAGCUCUAGAGAGAACAGUUUAGAACUGCUAGUGCUAUCCAGUGUAAAUAAAGUUUGUUUAGUUAAGGUUUACUCCUGUAGUAACACUACAGUAGAUCAACCUUAGUGGACCUCUAUGAAGAACGAAGAAGAGUUUAGAACUGGUAGAUUAUUAAGCAUAUUUCCUUCUGUAAUAACACUGAACCGAUAACGUAUGGCAUUUCCAGGGAGAAUUGUUGAAGCGUUGACUUUGAAUUCUUGUUUUCUUUUAGCCAUCUGUGUAAUCAAAAAUCUCAAUUCUUUACUUUGCCGAUGGUUGUAUCGCUUGGUGUUGGUACCAUGUUUGUAGCUGGUGGUGCUUUUCUUCUGUACAGAUAUUUAAGACCACACAGAACGUGAUAUUGGCUGGUUAAACACACUGGAAAUAUGAAAACAUCUUCGCCGAAAAUAGUGAUUUGUGACAGGAGCUGUUAAGACAAAACGAAAUCCUCAGCGACCAGUUGCCAAGCGUGUAUGAUGUAUAGAUGGAAACCGACGAUAAGCCAAAUCCUUGGAAAAUCUUUAAUAUAUCUUUAAAACAAUACAAUAUUUCUCAACUAUUAUAAUUGUACAAUGUUCGACAUGAAAAUUUAAGAUUAUGGACAUAUUUAUAUGGCAAAUAUGUAAGACUAAUUUUUUUAGAAAUUGUUCAUAUGCUUUGAGAGUUUAUGUAUUUAACCCUGUUGGCCUGUGUCUUUCUUUCCAUGGUUUAUUUCUAACAAUACACAGUCAGUGACCAGAGGAGGAAUGAGGGUCUUCCCACAAUGCAUUGCGUCUAAUUAUUAUUCACAAUUACGAUUUUCAACGAACGUUUGGCGAAAAGUUGUUGAAAUACAUUGCGAUUUUGGCAACGUUUAUCUCGUUUUUUCGAAGGUAUGUUUUUAU